UGCAAAGGAGUGCUUUUAUGAAUCGCAGACCGACGAGAUGCAGUAUUUCAGUUGGCGGGCGUUCUUGUCGGAACACUGCAAGAAGACAUGGUCACUCAACAAUACCUUUUCUGUUGAUUUCUGCAACACCGAUUUUAAACUAUGUGCUACACCAACAAAACCAGAGAACGUCCCUGGAAUUGAAUACUAGGCAUGCCGUGAAUAAGGAUGAAGAGUUUGUAUCCUGUUCUACAUCCAACGAUGCCAGCCAGCUUGCAGCAGACAAAAUGUCGGCAAAGUGGUCGGACACUGACUACUGCUAUCCGGGAGCAAUAUUCGAGUACCGCUGGCGCGCCUAUAAAAUCUCCCAAAAGGAGUGCGGUCAGGAAGCGAAAGCCGCUGCUGAAGAAGCGAAAAACUAUGUCUUCAUAACGGGCUGGGUGGCCACUGAUCCCGAUCCAGACCGAAUCCGCAAAGGGGCAAAAGCGCAUUUUAUUACGGAUGCCGGCUCCGGCGAGGAAACCAUUCUAAAUACCAUUACGGAAGCGUUCAAAAAGAAGUACGGGACCAUGAAAGUGAAGACCAACGCCAUUAUAAGUGCCCGUGACUGCUCAAAAGCGUUCUACGAUAUUACGACAGAAAACUGCUCGGCCUUCCAAUAUAGCAUAAAAGCUGAAAGCAAGAAUAAGAAGGUGAACCAGAAGGUUGUCAGUGAUGAGUUUCUCGCCGCCGUUAAAGCCGCGAAAAUUCCCGGGGUGUUCACCGCUUGUAAAGACAAACCCUGCGCUAAGGCCUCCGCCGAACCGGGAGAAUCAAAGAAAACUUAA